AUGGCUCUGCCAUGUGGACUAGUCAAACAAUCCCCCGGUUGGAUUGUUUCCCCGAUAUGCUCUGUAUCGCCCGCUGAGGGCGGGGUCCGUCCCGGUUUCCAAGAAGAUUCGGGGCGGGUCCUAUCAUCGGCAGCUCAGCAAGAGAGUAGUUUGGGCUUGCUUCGGCAAGGGGGUGAAGAACGCAGCCGAGCUGUGCUGGUUUCGGCAAGUGAAACACAUCGGCAAAGUUUUGGGUCUCUCCACCUGCAGCAGACCCUCCUUUUCUUCUGCUGGACCCUUGCCGUUCGUCAAGGGUGGUACGACAUGGAUUUUGCUGAAUGUUGUUGUCUAUAUUCCCAGCAAAGCUUUGGGAGUUGGAGGCCUAGCGAAGUGACGGAACUAAGACAAGACCCGGUGAUUGGGAAAGUUCUCGGUUCGGGCCAUUGGAGCUAG